GGGCUUUUUGAUUCAGGUGGAUGCGGGUCAAUGUUUUCGAUAGUUGUAGAGGCGACAUCUUUCAAAGGUCUCUCAAAGGUUGCUCAACAUAAAAUGAUCACAGGAAUUCUGAAGGACGAAAUCAGGGAUAUGCAUGGCCUUUCAAUUACAACUAAAGCACCUAAAUGA